AUGGGUAAGGGCUGUAGGGUUCCUGCGGGUCUUUGGUGUUCUGCCUUCACCUGUUGGUUUAUCAAACAGGGGAAGGGAAUGCUGCAACCCCAUCAACUGUUAGCUGAGUAUAAAGAUGUAAUCCCUGAAGCUGACCAUGAGAAUCUCAAGGAUGGGGUCUUUGAGGAUGUUCUUAAAGCUGCACAGGCAAUAGUGUUACCUCUAUGGGUUGCUCUCGCGAUUCGUCCUCGGCCUGGGGUAUGGGAGUAUGUUCGUGUGAAUGUGAGCGAACUCGCUGUGCAGGAGUUGACCGUUGCUGAAUAUUUACAGUUCAAGGAAGAGCUUGCAGAGAGGUGGGUCGCUCAGGGGAACUUUGUUCUCGAGUUGGAUUUUGAGCCUUUCAAUGCUUCUUUCCCUCGUCUGUCACUUUCCAAGUCAAUUAGAAAUGGAGUGCAAUUCCUUAAUCGAUACCUCUCCUCAAAGUUGUUUAAUGACAAAGAAAGCAUGUGGCCACUGCUUAAUUUUCUUAGGGUUCAUAGCUACAGGGGAACGGGUAGCAAGUCAGGAAAUCCACCUGAUGUGGUAAAAAUGUUUCAUGAAACCCGAAAGAAAGCUAAUGAAACACUAGAUACCGAGGAUCAAGAUAAAUAUGAUGAAAUCAUUCAAGUCAAACAAGCAAAUCCUUUACUUUCAGACAUUGAGAUAGUUGAGAAAAUUUAG